CGUUUUAUGGACAGAAGUACAAACAACUCUAUGUUAACUCCUCCAAUGUCUGUUUCAACAACUUUUUCAACAACAAACCCAGACAGGACUGUAUUGAAGGCUUUCCCGUGGCAGGAACACGUGAUCUAGUGAUAUAUCCAGCAAGGACUUUGUAUGAACAAACGUUCCAUCAAAAUGUGCCAACUAUAAAGGGCAAACUAGAAUGCACAAUAGAAAUCCAGAUGUUUGCUCUUAGGAAAACGACUGCUUUGGUUCUUGGUAACUUUGGGACACAAGCAGCUAUACAAAUAAAAACCCCGAGUCCAUCUGUGUUUGGUUUUCUGGUCGAUGGUACCACAGUUGAUACACUGAAUAUUCUCACAUCACCGUUCUUAGCAUACUUAGACAUCAGCGGAUGCAGACACUCAGGUGUUUUGUAUGAAUAUGGUAAAAUGGUGAGGUCUGAUCCAGAUACCUGUCUAAUCUGUGAUGAUACUGCUGUCCUCAGAGUCACUGGCUGUCCACCUGUGGAACGAUGUCAAGACUACAACACCUGCGUGUUUGACUACAUCUGCACUGUGACCGGCCCUACUGUCAUAGACUUUCUCAGCCAAGUGAACUCUGUCCCGGAUCGGUGUGCGUACUCUCUACUGUCGGGUCCGUCUGUCCCAGGCUUCCAUGUGCUUGGGAACUUUCGGGAACGUCGACGUAAAGAUGUGAGCUUUGUGGACAGUGUGACACUGCAACUAGACGGGCCGGGUGUUCAAAUUCAAGUGGACCAAGACGGGAGAGUUUGGCUGGACAAGAAUACGUUGACCCUUAACAGCACAGCUCAGCUGGUUCACGGUGUGGAGCUCUCUAAGGAUCAAACUGGAGUCACUGCAAAGGUGGUGCUCUCUAACAAGGUGCUGCUUGUCUUCUUUGAUGGCAACACGGCACAAAUCCACUUAAAAGGUGGAAAAGAUCCGUCUCUGCAGGGUUUGUGUGCCAACUCCAGUGUUCCUUUGAGCUCAGUGAGGCUCCCUGCUGCUUACAGUGCCAGUGGCUGUGAGGUGCAUUACAGUGACUCUGCUGACAGUUUGAUCAACUGCACCAUGACGACUGAACGCUGUAAUCUCCUGAAUGAGGCUCCCUUCACCGCCUGUCACAACUACACCAACCCAGAGCCCUACAUAACCGCCUGCACCGACACUAUGUGCAAUUAUCCUCCGGCAGACGGUCUACACUGCCAGUUCCUGGAGGCCUACGCCAGAGCCUGCAGCCUGUACAGCUCCAACACACUGGAGGACUUGAUGUCAGAGGCCGGCUGCUCACCUCCUCAGGCUUUCUGUCAGGGCAAGAUGUGCAAUGCUCACGAGUUCUGUGCCGAGAACACGGGAGGUGAACCCAGCUGCUUCUGUCGGGCCAUUUUUGCCACUCCGUACAUAUCAGCAGGCACUUUCGGUGAUCCAACGAUCUGCAUGCAGAACUCUGCUUCAGUUACUCUGGUCGGUUGUCUUCUGGAGGAAAAAGGCUUCAACUAUUCGGCCUUGCACCUCAAUGACCAAACCUGCACGGGUCAGGUAGACAAGCAGACCCACAUGGUGACCUUCAGCUUCAACAGCAGCAACACCUGUGGGGCGGUGGUCACGAUUAACAACAGCCAAAUAUUCUACAUGAACACCAUCAAGAGCCAGAACAGCUCCUCUGACGUCAUCACUCACCAGGACCAGGUCUACAUCAACUUCUCCUGCUUCUAUACUCAGCCAGACGUCAAGACUGUGGCCUUCAGAAUCAUGGACCACUCUGUGAUCCAGCAGAUCACAUCUGGACCUUGGAAUUACACUGUGACCAUGAAGACCUACACCGACGCCGGCCUCACACAAGCUGUGGAGUCGAGCACCGAAGUCCAGCUGAACCAGAAGAUCUGGGUGGAGCUGAAGACUGACGGGCUGGAUGGUGGCUUGGUUACCGUGGUGACCGACUCCUGCUGGGCAACCAAUCAGGCUUCGCCCAGCGGGAGACCAAGAUACAACCUGAUCAUUAAGGGCUGUGCGAACCCCAGUGACCGGACGGUGCAGGUGAAGGGAAACGGACUGGGACCGUCCAACUCCUUCUCCUUCAACAUGUUCCGGUUCUCUAGUAACUCUGGUGACGUCUACCUGCACUGCAAACUCAACUUGUGUGUCAAACAGAACAACAGCUGCGCUCCGAUUUGUAACGGAGGUGCUCGGAGACGCAGAUCUGCCAGGGUGCAAUAUGAAGCCGACUCUUCAGCCUUCAUCACCAUGGCCUGGACCAAAUAGCUGGAGGACAACAAACAAGCAGCUAAGAGAAGUGGACGAAGACCAAUGAAGAGCUGGAGGAGGUAAAUCAUCAACUGGAAAUCAAGGAUGCAGAGAUGUUGGCUGCUCUCAAACACACAACAAGCAAUAGUCGACAACA